CAUGUGCUGCAGGCAUGCGAGCGAAAAUUCACUCUUUAAAACCUUGGUGUGGUUCAUUUCUCUACAGAAGAGAGGAAGCAAAGGAAGGACAAGAUACGAGCAGAGCUUCGAGAGAUUCUCCAUGCAAGAACCGUGGAACGGGCAGACGCAUUAGUUGCCGCCUUCAGGGAUACAUGGCAAGAGCGUGCACCAGGGUUAUUGCAAUACCUCGACAAGAACUAUCUCGAUUCUGAUGCGGAUAGGCGGCACUGGAUGUUUUGUUAUCGCCAGGACGUUUCCUAUGCAUGGAUAAACACAAACAACUACAUAGAGCCCUGGCACAACACUUUGAAGAAACAUUUUUUUCAAAGACAAACAGCAGCAACGGAUCGACGCCGUUGUUUAUAUCCUUGUUCAAAGGGCAGUUCCUCGCUACCAACAGAUGUGCAUCCGAUCCGGCACACAGUUCAGGUUGGGAGAAUGUCUCCAGCACGGAGGAAGGCACUACAGGCUAGAAUUCAGGCCAUCAAUUACAUUGACCGUAGGCGGACUCAAGGACCUGAAGCGGUCCUUUUACUCCAGACUGCCGACGAUACAGUACUGAGAGUCGGAUCCUUCACGAACCCCAGCGACUUUUAUGAAGUGAAAGUUGACUGGACUAAAGGUGCGGUCGGUCAAUUCAGCAGUUGCACCACCUGUCCCGACUUUUCCAACACUAAACUGUGUUGCAAGCACAUAGCACUGGUAACAAUAGAACUGCCCUACACCGAGUUCUAUUACGAUGGGCAUUGGGAGGUCAGGGGCCAGUCUCUUUUGAUGGAUCCAUCGUUGGAUCAGGCCGGUUUUUCAGCAUCAACUGCACCUGCGACGCCGACGGCUACACAGCUUGCCAUUCACUAUAUUCAAGGUCUCUCUAACAUGCUAAAUAUCAUGGACAACAAGCACCCUCUCUCCAACCACGAAGAGGUUCUGGACGCUUUGAGAAAGACUUGCGAAGUGUGCGACAAGCAUAUUCCUGUUCUGGCAACUCACGAGCUUAGUCACAAGCGUGCAAGACAACGUUGAAUAAAGAUCAUUGGCAACCAUUUCAUAUCUUCAGU